AAAAAAAAAAUUACUUGCCACGUCAGCAAGAUGGCUAUCAAAGUUGUGCUUUUGGGUGGAAGAGACGCGUUUCUCUCGGUUGAAUCCAUGGCCUCGUGCCGCAUCAACUCUACGCUUCGGUGCCCGUCCGGUGCGCCGCGUUUUUCGUCCACAUGUCGCCCUCACGACCCGCGUGCUCCUCUCCUAUUUAUUAACACGACUCUCUCCUCUUCGCCGCCCAAUCUCAAAAGGAUCUCGUGCUCCAGUGCUCCGCGCCGUAGCUCUGUUGCUGUGAGGGCUCAAAUGGCCACUGAGAAGAAAUCGAUCUCACAGGACAGAAUGCUGGUCUUUGUGCCUCCGCAUCCAUUGAUCAAGCAUUGGGUUUCAGUUCUAAGGAAUGAACAAACUCCUUGUCCCAUAUUCAGGAAUGCAAUGGCUGAGUUGGGGAGGCUACUUAUGUAUGAAGCUUCGAGGGAUUGGUUGCCUACUGUUACGGGGGAGAUUCAGUCACCAAUGGGUGUCGCCUCAGUUGAGUUCAUAGAUCCGAGGGAGCCUAUGGCGGUAGUUCCAAUUCUAAGAGCUGGUCUAGCUCUUGCAGAACACGCAUCUUCAAUCUUGCCAGCAACAAAAACAUACCAUCUGGGGAUACGUAGAGACGAAGAGACACUUCAGCCAACAGUAUAUCUGAACAAGUUACCUGACAAAUUUCCUGAAGGGUCUCGAGUAUUUGUAGUCGAUCCAAUGCUGGCAACAGGUGGCACGAUAGUGGCAGCUGUCAACCUCUUAAAGGAGCGUGGAAUUGAAAACAAUCAAAUUUUAGUGAUAUCUGCUGUGGCCGCCCCUCCAGCUCUUCAAAAGCUCAGUGAGAAGUUCCCUGGGCUUCAUGUCUACACAGGAAUAAUUGAUCCCACAGUUAAUGACAAAGGGUUCAUAAUUCCUGGACUUGGGGAUGCUGGAGACCGCAGCUUUGGUACAUGAAUUCACCCAAAGUUCAUCCCCCCAGUUCUCAGUUGUCACCUCCUGCAAUUUUGACAUGUUCAACCAUUCAUCAAUCACUAAAGCGUGCGGAGUUUUUCUGGUAAGGCAACGGACUUGCUUUACAAACUUAAUUAUUAUGCAAAUUACUGACCCCCUAAGGAAAAAUAUAGUAAUCUCUCUGGAUUUUGUAUAAGAAGCCUGUAUUCUGCCAGGUAUUCUUAGUUAUUAGCUUGGGGGUUCUAAUGCUUACAAGCAUGUGUUUGGGAAAAAUGAUUUAUAUAUGCCAACUUAUUUCAAAACU